AUGAGAGUCCUACUGCUCGUCUGUGUUCAGACCGUACUGAUGGCUUCAGGUACCAAUGUUAGGUGUAUAACAUGUAGCUUUUCUAGUGAAGAAAGACCAAAAGACUGCUAUGGGAUCAGCCUUAAGUGUGGUAUGAACCAAGUGUGCCUCACUCUGCAUAUGAGCACAUUCAAUAUUCCGGAUAGUCGCCUCAUUCGUAUUAAUACGUAUAUAGUCAGAAGAUUAUGCUGGGAUGCCGUACAUUGUGGCUAUAGUGGCAAAUUAUCAUCUCCAUCACAUAAAAUGAUAUUCAACACAAAUUGUUGCUCCACAGACAACUGUAGGAUGCCGAUUCCAGGAUUGCCACCAGAAAAUAAUACACAUAAUGGACUGGUCUGCCCCGCCACUACUUCCUUCUUGGAGAUGAAAUACAAGCCAACCUCUGCCAUGAAGUGCACCGGAGAUGAGACAUAUUGUUUCGAGUUCACAAAUGAUAGGUAUUCAAAACAAUACAUAAUUGGCUGUGCAUCUUUUAGUUAUUGUGUUAUAAGACUUUUAAUCGGGGAAUUUUAUCAUGAUGAUCCCAAUUCCCUAUUUGCACAGACAUCCUGCAGUAAAGCGAACAGAACAAGUUACUUGCCAGUGGUCAACUCUUUGUUAUGCUGGCAAUGUCGAGGAUCUGCUAACCAAAAAUGUGAACAGUAUGCGAUGUGUUCAGCAACAAAUGAUGUGUGUGUGACCAUACUUUCCAAGAAGAUCACAUAUGGAGUAAACUCAAAAAUGCAGCUGCUCAGAAGAUGUGGAUUUUCAUCAGAGUGUAACAUAGCCGGGAUCAUCACCACUGCUCAGAAGAGCAUAUCCAAAAACACCACCUGCUGUUAUACCGACCACUGUAUUUCUCCAAUGCCAACCUUGCCAACUGAAAAUGAGGAAACCAAUGGACACAUCUGUGAAUCCUGUUAUCUUAAAGAAUACGGUAGAUGCUCUGGUGAAGAUCACAUCGCUUGUACCGGGAACGCAACACAGUGUAUAUCUUACACAGAGCAAGUGACAGAUGGGAAUUUUACAAGCCGAGAAGUCUUACAUGGUUGCACCCACCCCAGUAUUUGUGAUGGUGGAAAUAUAAAAGUGACCUAUGACCAUAAAAUCAUACAGGAAACAAAAAUUUGUAAAAUUUCUUCAAAAAGCAGCAAAUAUUUUCCUAACAUUCUAAGUGCAUUUGUCAUAUUUAUGGUGUGGUCCAUGUUAAUGUAAAAUGUGCAGUUUAAAGGGAUACUUCGCCUCUAGA